GUUUUGGCUUGAACUUGAAACUGAAAUGCAGCUAUUUGCAUUUCAUUUCACACUCAAAGCAUCUCCCAUUUCAUUAUUUCCGGAAUGGCUGCAGUACACAUCUCGUUUCCUGCAAUUUCUGCGAUUGGUUCUCGCUAUUCCUCGUCGUUCAAUUCACAUCAUGCCACCACUUCUCUCGUCUCCUUCCCCCGGCCGCUGGAGACUCACCGGAGUAGCCGUAAAAUGGCCUUCACAGCUAUGGUUCAGCAGGCAGUACAGGGAGCUCCGGCCACCUACGCCAAGGAGAUGGAGCGGCUCUCUGCUAAGGAAUCGUUGCUUCUCGCUUUUAAAGACUCUGGGGGUUUUGAAGCUCUAGUGACGGGGAAGACCACAGAUGUGCAGAGGAUUGAUGUGAAUGAGAGGAUAACUGGUCUUGAGCGGCUCAAUCCAACGCCUAGACCAACUACGUCGCCAUUUUUGGAAGGUCGAUGGAAUUUCGAGUGGUUUGGAUCUGGAAGCCCAGGAUUCUUUGCUGCUAGAUUUUUAUUGGAGAGGUUUCCUUCGAAUUUGGCCAAUUUAUCAAAGAUGGAUGUGCUGAUUAAAGAUGCAUAUGCAAAGAUUACUGCAAGCAUGAAGCUACUGUCUUCGAUAGAAAGCAAAUUUAUUCUGUCCACCAAGUUAUCCGUGGAGGGACCUCUUAGAAUGAGAGAGGAAUAUGUUGAAGGAUUGCUUGAGACACCAAAAAUCAUUGAAGAAUCUGUACCUGAACAGCUAAAAGGUGCACUUGGCCAGGCUGUUAGCGUGGUGCAACAACUUCCAGUCCCCAUUAGGGAUGCUGUCUCCAGUGGGUUAACAAUUCCCCUAUCUAGUUCUUUGCAGAGGCUCUUCAUGAUUUCUUAUCUUGAUGAGGAGAUACUUAUAAUUCGGGAUACUGCUGGAGUACCUGAAGUUCUUACAAGGUUGGAUGCCCCUGCAUCUCCCAUUGCAGAGCCCAACAUUGAGUAUGAGAGCUAGAUGUACAUAAAUUUUAACUAUAUAUUUUUUUUCUCCCAAACUUCUGCUACAAUGUAUUGUUAAACGUUUUCUCCCAUACUAUCUUUUGAAUUUCCAUUACAGUAUAUAGAUUCAACAGUUCAUUUUCUCA